UAAUUCUUGGAUAGAGUAUUAGAACGGUAAAACUUCUAAGCCAUCUCUGGCAAUGAAUCAACAAUUUGAAGUGUUUUUCUUGCAUAUUCUUGAUAAACCAGAGUUAAAGAAUAAACCAGGGUUUAUAUGCAGUUCAGAAAAACUGGAGAAAGAAAAUAUUUAGUGGCAGUGGCCAGUGACUAUCAAAUUACUAUGAUAUCUAGACAUGAGACUAUCAAAUAUCUCCUACAUUAUGGUUUACCUUUGCUGAUUGAGAACACUGAAAUCAUAUGUCAUGAACAAAGAUUGCAUUACAUAUCUGUUCUGGACUUCAGAGCAAACUGUUUUUAGACUUUUAACUAUGGAGAAACAACCUCUCUCCCUAUUUUAUUUCUUGUAGGAACAGUACACAAACCCGCACUUUAUUUUGUUGUCUAUAUUAAUGAGGAAAUGGUUGAUUUCUGAUAUGAUCAUGUGCUAAUAAAAAGUUGUUAUAAUUGUUGCAUCAUCAUUAAUUAUUCUGAAAUAGAUGCAUUAAAGGCUUAAGAGAGAUAUGACAUUGGUUGCAUGUACAGGUAUGGCCCAUAUGCAGCAGAUAGGCUUCUUGGUUCAAUUUGACCAAUAUAGGCACAUGGAAUUUGUAUCUAUACAUGUGUAGAUAAUAGCCAAAAUACAGCUUGUAGCACCUAAGUUUUUCUAUUUAGCCCUAUCUAAAAUCCAUAUGUUAAUGGUCACUUGUCAUUAUGUAUUAUCUUUAAAUGUUUUUCUCUGAAAUUCUUCAAAAUGUAAACCCUGUAGAUGGGUCCUGUAUGUAUUACUUUCCUUGCAUUACAUGAAUGUUGUUGAUGAGGUCUGAAUCUGUGACCUAAAAAUAACAGUGAAUCAACAUUAUUGAGGUUUUAGUGGUACAGAGUUACAGUGUAUUUUAUUAAAGGCAAAAAAUAAUAACAUCCAGUUUUGAUUCGACUAACUGUUUUUUGAUGGAGAAACAUACCAUUGCUAAUCUUUAUAGGUGGAGAAAGAAGUGCUGAAUGGAGAGAGUACAGCAAAUUGAAUGAUCAAAUCACUCAAAUCAGCACAAGUAUCAAUGAGUAUUUCCUUGACCAAAUUGCAUAGCAGAUUAUUAAAGACAUACACUUUUCUUUUACUUCUCUUGUUGAUAUUUCACGAAUCUUUUAUAACAUUUAUGAACCCACAAAGUCCCUUAUUUGGGAAAAUUCUCUCUCAUAUACACAUACUCAGUUAGUGACUAUCAGUAUCACACACAAACACACAGCUCACACCUCAAACACCUCAAAACUGAAUAAGUUUAUAUGCUUGCUUAGCUGCUACCUGGUGUUUAGUAGCCAUAGAUGCUUGAGUUCGUAAAUUUAAAGAUGAAACUGUUGAUAGUGUGUCAUGGAGUAGAAUCAAGUUCCUCAUUGAAUGUGCACAUCUGGAGAUACCAGAAAGGUAACUAGGACCACAGAACGUAUUUAAUUAUCAUCAUAGCUGAUGGUCCAAAUGGAUUUUCCAGAUUGGAGAGUGGCACAUCCUUCUCUCCAUGUUUCCCACCUUCCAACCUGUGAAAGGUUGACCUUAACUCUCCUUAUUUAAAUUUAUUAACUAACUCAUUAAAGAUCCUUAGCAGUCCUGCAUGUCUGAGACACUGAUGCCUUUUUAAUUUUUUUAAUGUGAAAGGGUCUCUGCCACUGGAUUUGUUUUCUGCCUUUUAUGGGAUUGAAACUAUGAGGGGAAACAAAAACAAAAAAAAAAAGAAAAGAAAAAGAAAAAAAAGAAGGGCUCUGCUCUGCAGCCUACGGGGUAGCUAAGAUUUUCUUUUGUAUUAUUGUCAGUGAUUUAUGGGGUCCCUACAGAUUUCCCAGACCCCCAAAUUAGGAGCUGUUAUUUUGUGAAAAUGAACAAUCUUCUAAAUUGUUGUUUAGGCUGAUUUUGAGAGAGAGAAGAAAGAAAAAGGAAAGUAUAGAGAGGUUUGGCUUGUGUUGGAAGGUAAAGAAAUCAAUGGGUAGAAGAGGAAAGACAUAGAAAACAGAUUGAGGAUGAGGUUUCUCAAGUGAGUUGUCAAGUGAAAAGAAACUUACAGGUAUUCUCACUAACUGAUGAGAAAAUAGAAUCACUUGUUUGUGAAGCAAUAUCAGUAGCUCUACCACUGCAAUUUAAGAAGAGAAAAGGAGAAAUCCAAGAAAAUUUUGGAGGUUCUGUGGGUUGCUUUUUGGGAAAUGGAGAUGAAUUUGUUAAGAUUUUUCCAUCUCCAUAUAUCCCAGUAGAGAUCAUGCAGAGCCACCUAAAGUUUGUGAGUGAAUCAAAAGCUUCCCUCUUUCUCUCUCAAACAAAUUGUCAUCAUAGUCACCAUCAUCACUAGAGAUUCUAAUUAAGCACAUGGAGGCAAGACUUUGUUGUUUUGUAUUAGCACUGCAAAUAAUGAGUUUUGUUUCUGGGACAAGCAGACCCUUUGCACCUAAUAAUGGUGUUGCUGUAGAUCAACCAGGCCAGAGUCAAUCUCCGCAAGUUAUUUUGAGCUCAAACUUAGGCACCCAGAUGGGUUCUAAACAAGAUUCUAAAAGCAUGGGAGAAGAAGGGGGAGGAUUAAAUGAAGAUGCAUGCACAAAAGGGUUGAACAAAAUUGGGUCAAGUCCACCAAGCUGUGAACACAAGUGCUUUGGCUGUAGGCCAUGCCAAGCAAUCCAAGUGCCCACAACUAGCAAGACCCAUAGUCAUUUGGGUGUCAAUUAUGCAAAUUAUGAGCCUGAGGGAUGGAAAUGCAAAUGUGGCCCUUCCUUCUAUAGCCCAUAAGCCUCUUAUGAUCCUAGUGUUCUUUUUUUGGGUGUGUGCAAAGUUAUUUUCAUAAAUCUAAUUUAGGCAAUAAUUUUCUUAA